AGUCCCCAUUCUGUGGCCACCCCGCCCCCACCAAGGGCCACCACCAGAGUGAGAUAAGACCUGACCUCGCUUCCUUCCCCUUUAUCCCAAGUGCCACCAGCGAGGGGACAGGUGGCCCCGGCAGCGAGUGACAGCCAGUGCCCAUGGCCGGGGACACCGGGAUGGCCGUGAAGAUGACACUGCUGCUGUGGGUUCCCAGCUGAGCCCUUCUCGCCCACACCCCACGGAAUAAACCGCGAACUGCAGCACCGGAACAUAGAGAGCGCCUGAGCUCGCCCUGAGCACCGUCCACCGCCAGCUGCGACAGAUGUGGCCAUGGGGGCAGCCCAGACCGUGUUCCUCGCUGGUACCACCCAGCUCCUGGUGCAGCCCCCCUGGACUCCGGCGGUGCUGUGGGACCGGGUGACACUGACCUGCCGGGGCUCGGGGACCGACGGGGACACCCGCUGGUACAAGGACGAGCGGCUCUGGCUGCCAGAGAGACGCAACAACUUCACUGUCACCGAGAGUGGCACCUAUCGGUGUCACAGACCCGGCAGUGGGUACAGCCCACUCGUGAGGGUGUCAAAUGACUCGCUGGUGCUGCAGGUGCCGGCGGGGGCGCUGCUGGAGGGGGACACGGUGACACUGCGCUGCCGGAGCUGGCGGGACUUGCCGCUCAACUCAGUGUCCUUCUACCGUGAUGGGGAGCAACUGGCGACUCUCCAGAAUGGCACCGAGCUGUCCCUGUCCCAUCUGCAGCUGCAGCACAGCGGCAACUUCAGCUGCUCGGGCUGGGCGAUAUUUCAGCCCUUCCGUUCGGCGGCGGUGCCAGUGACAGUGCAGGAGCUCUUCACGGUGCCGCUGCUGGAGGGUCCCCCCCGAGCUCCCCGAGGGGUCCCCCCUCAAUCUCAGCUGCCUCAGCACCCCCAGCCCCCUGCGGCCCCCAGCCCCCCUCCUGUACCGCUUCUACCGGGACGGGCAGUCGGUGGGGGGCCCGCAGGGGUCCCCGCAGCUCCUGGUGCCCGCCGUGGGGGUCUCCCACUCGGGGAAUUACAGCUGCGAGGUGCGCUCCGAGGGGGGAACCGUGCGGAAGAGCAGCGCCCGGCUCGGCGUCACGGUGCGCAUGCCCGUGGCCGCUGGACACCCCUGGAGCUCAGUGGCUGCGGGGGUCGUUGUGUCCCUGCUGUUCCUGGUCCUGCUCGCUGUGGCCUUGCACUGGCGGAUCCACGCGGGUGCCAGGAAGCGCCAGGAAAGGGCCCCCCCCGUGCAGGACCCUCAGGCCACCUACAUGGAGCUGCGGGGGCCGCGUGGGCAGCCCUGGGAACCCGGUGACAUCUAUGACAACCUGCAGCCAAAGCUGUGACACUCGGGGAAGGGGGAGCCCCCAGAGUGGGGGGGCAGCACCCAGGGCCCCUGGGCUGGGGGAAACUGA